UUUAAAAACCCAAAUCCAAAAGCAACUUCCAUUUCACCCAAUUAAGCAAACUCCAUACCCUACAUAUCCUGUUGUUUACGUGUUUUGAUUUUAAGGAAAGACUUAAAAGAGCCUCCUUUAAGAGUUUGUUCAUCAGAAUUUAGCACUCUCUCUCUAUUUAUACUUGGAUAAUAGAUCUAGUUUUUGUUUAUAGCUAUACCAGAAAAAUGGCAAAUCUUCCUGAAGAGUUGGUGGUGGAGAUCAUGUCAUGGCUUCCACCAGAAUCUCUAAUCCAAUUCAAGUGUGUUAGCAAGAAUUGGUACUUCCUCAUCAAUUCUUUGAUCAAAGAUCCAAAUUUUGUAUCCAAACACCUCCGCAAUGCCGAUAACAACAUAUUGGCAUCCCGCUGCACUGUCUUCAGUUGCCUCAAAAUAUACCAAACCCCGGUUUACAACUACAAAGAGCUCUUUUCAUUGCUCUCAUUGUCUGGCGGCGGCGGCGGCGGCAGCGGCAACGACAAGAUUCGUUCUUUCGCCGAGGAUUUGGAUCUGCCGAUAAUCCCCGGCGAAAAGGACAUGAGCUGUAUAACGGCUCGUCAUUGCAACGGCGUGAUUUGCUUGGCUGACUAUUACCGCACCAUGGUUUUGUGCAACCCGGCGAUGAAGAAAUCCCGGGUGCUUCCGAAGCCUAAUCUCGUCGAUCGCUUCGUGCUGCAAGGCGUCGGGUUCGGGUACGAUUCGAGGGCUGAUGACUACAAGGUUGUCAGAUUCGGGCGUGAGAUGUCUGUCUACCCCCGGGCCGAGGUGUACAGCUUGAGCUCGGAUUCAUGGAAAGAGAUCAAGAUUGAUUCGGGCACGGAUUACUUUCCGAGCCUUCACAUUGAAGUGUACUUCAAUGGGGCUUUCUAUUGGCUAAUGUCGGGGCCGAGGGCGAUGAUCCGGGUGUUCGACAUUUCGGACGAGGUCUUUCGCGGCGUGCCGCUGCCGGACGGGGUCCGGACGGAGAAGGCGCAUUGGACGAGCCUUGUGGUUUGGAAUGGCUCUGUUGCCCUGUUCUUGUGUGAGGGGGAGAAAGGGGUUCCAAUUAGUAUUGAAGUGUGGGUGAUGAAUGAUUGUGUUGGUGGGAUUAAAGGGGCCUGUUCUUGGAGCAAAAAGUUGGCAAUUGGGCCCUUUGAGGGCAUUGAUUGCCCAUUGGGAUUUUGGAAUGGUGAAGAGAUUCUCAUGAGAAGUACAAAUUUUAAGGAGAUUGUGCUCUACAAUAUUCAUACACAAAAGCUUAGGAAUGUUAGUGUUGAUGGGGUUGAUGGAAUUGGUUGCCGUGCUUUUUCUUAUGUGAAGAGUUUGGUUUCCGUCUAAGGUGGAGGAGAUGUGAGGGGGGAAAAAAAAAAGUGUUGCUUAUUUAUUUAUUAGUAUUUUAAGUGGGAUUUGAGUUCUGCACUUUGAAGGGGAAUUGGUUGUAGCAAUACCUAGAUUAUGCGUGCAAUCAUUAAAAGUGUUCCUUAUUAUUAUUUUAUUAUUAUUAUGUGGAAAUUAUCAUUGUUCCUAUUA